CACGCCUGCUGAACAUACGCUGCGAGCUUGUCGCGAAGUAAAUACAGAAGCCGGAAUCAGCUUUCUUAUUGAUUUUCGGCAUUUUUCGCCCCUAAAUCGUACUGUGCCGGCUAUGUUAUCGAUUUAAAUCGAAGAAAAUAUAGAAAUACUUGUACUGGCGCAAUUUCAGUGACCUUUUUCUCGUUAAACCGGCCGAAAAUCUACGUUCAACAUGCCGCGUGUAAUGAUCAAGGGCGGUGUUUGGAGAAACACCGAGGAUGAAAUCCUCAAAGCCGCCGUGAUGAAAUAUGGCAAAAACCAGUGGUCCCGAAUUGCAUCACUGCUGCACCGAAAGUCUGCGAAACAGUGCAAAGCUCGUUGGUACGAAUGGCUGGACCCGAGCAUCAAGAAAACGGAAUGGAGCCGAGAGGAGGACGAAAAACUUUUGCACCUUGCAAAAUUAAUGCCGACGCAGUGGAGGACGAUCGCGCCCAUCAUCGGAAGAACUGCUGCACAAUGCCUUGAAAGAUAUGAAUAUCUGCUGGAUCAAGCACAAAGGAAAGAAGAAGGCGAGGAUGGCAUGGAUGAUCCGAGGAAGCUGAAACCGGGUGAAAUCGAUCCAAAUCCCGAAACCAAACCUGCCCGGCCCGAUCCGAAGGACAUGGAUGAAGAUGAGCUGGAAAUGCUGUCCGAGGCCCGAGCCAGACUUGCCAACACCCAGGGAAAGAAGGCAAAACGCAAGGCGAGGGAAAAGCAGCUGGAGGAGGCCAGGAGAUUGGCUGCUCUUCAGAAACGUCGAGAGCUGCGGGCGGCUGGCAUCGAGGUGCGUCAGAGGAAGAAGAAGAAGCGGAUGGUGGACUACAACGCGGAGAUCCCGUUCGAGCGGCGGCCGGCGGUCGGCUUCCACGACACGUCCGAGGAGACGUUCAACCCGGACGACAUCGACUUCAACUCUCUUCGGCAGCAGCACCUGGACGGCGAGCUGCGCAGCGAGAAGGAGGAACGCGAGCGGCGCAAGGACAAGCAGAAACUGAAGCAGCGCAAGGAGAACGACAUGCCCAUGUCGAUGCUCAACAACCAGGAGCCGGCGCGCAAGCGCAGCAAGCUGGUGCUGCCCGAGCCGCAGAUCUCGGACAACGAGCUGCAGCAGGUGGUCAAGCUGGGCAGGGCCAGCGAGGCGGCCAGGGAGGUGGCCACCGAGAGCGGCCAGCAGGCGUCGGACGCGCUGCUCGCCGACUACACCCUCACCACGCCGACCACCAUGCAGACGCCGCGCACCCCCGCGCCGCAGACCGACAAGAUCCUGCAGGAGGCACAGAACAUCAUGGCUCUCACGCACGUCGACACGCCCCUCAAGGGUGGUUUGAACACCCCCCUGACCGAGUCGGACUUCAGCGGCGUCACCCCGCAGCACGGAGCCGUUGCCACGCCUAACACGGUCAUCGCAACGCCCUUCAGGUCUUCCAGAGAAGGUGGAGGUCAAACGCCUGGUUCGUCGAGCUCUUUCAACACUCCCGGCUCACAAACCCAGGGCGGAGUUGGUGUUCUGCAAACUCCUCUCAGGGACAGCCUGAAUAUCAACCCUGAUGACGCAGUGGAGACCGGAGGAGCCACCCCCGCAGCCCUGAAGAGCUACCAGCGUCAGGUCAGGGACCAACUGCGCCAGGGGCUUAGUUCCUUGCCGGCGCCGAAGAAUGACUACGAGAUUGUUGUUCCUGAGGAUGAAGAGCCGGAAGGUGCCUCAGAGGCGAUGAUGACCGACGAGGACCAAGCUGACAUUGACGCCAGGAGGGAGGAGGAGAUCAGGAGGAAGUUGGCCGAAGAGCUGCGUGCCAGAUCUCAGGCGGUUCAGCGAGACCUGCCAAGACCUGCAGACAUGAACAUGAGCAUCAUCAGAACUGACACUCAGUCCCUGAAUGAAAUGCAGAAGGCUGAGGAGCUGAUUAAGAGGGAAAUGCUGAUCAUGAUGCACUACGACGCAGUUAAGAAUCCUACUCUGUCCCAGCUAGGGAUCAAAGAUCCUAAUGAGAAGCCGAAAGGACAGAGGCCAUCCGCCGUCAUUAACGAGGCGCAAUAUUUGUCAUUCCUGCAGAGACAUCCCUAUGAUAAUUUUGACGAACAUGACAUUAAAACCGCUAAAAAGUUGCUCUCUGAAGAGCUGGAGGUGGUCAAGCAGGGAAUGGGACACGGCGACCUGCCCUUCGACGCCUACACGCAGGUGUGGAACGAGUGUUUGUCCCAGGUGUUGUACCUGCCUUCGCAAAACCGCUACACAAGAGCAAACUUGGCCAGCAAGAAGGACAGGCUCGAGGCACUGGAGAGAAAGCUGGAGAACAACAGGCAGCACAUGUCCAAGGAGGCAAAGCGAGCUGCUAAAAUUGAAAAGAAGCUGAAAAUCUUGACUGGCGGCUAUCAGUCGCGGGCACAAGGCUUGAUCAAGCAACUGAUGGACCUGCACGAUCAGAUUGAACAGUCUAAAACCGAGUUGUCCACCUUUGAGUUCCUGCAGAAUAUGGAGCGAAACGCUAUUCCAAGGAGAAUUGAGUCUGUUACUGAUGACGUAACCAAGCAGACAAACCGAGAAAAGGAGCUUCAAGAGAAAUUUGAUGGGCUCUCGACGCAGUGUAGCCAGUCGGAGACUCUUCGUCAGCGACUGGCUGAGAGUGUUGAGCUGCUAGCACCACAAGCUGAACCCCAAACCGCGGAAGUGGGCAGUGAUGAUGAGGAUGAUGAUGAUGAUGAUGAUAAUGAUAAUGAGAGGCAAGAGACGGCUGAGAAGUCUCAAGAGAAGGAGGAGGAGGAGCCCAUGGAGGAAGACAGACAAGAGGAGGAAGCAGAGGAGACCCAAGAAAUGGGUGAUGAGGAUGGUAAUGAAAACGAAGAUGAGUAACUUUUUUAGUUUGGUUUUUUCUGUACAUGUAAGUGAAAUAAGUUAAAAAUAAAAAAUUAAGAACUAUAAUAUGAUUAUUUGAAAA